UAAGGAGGGCCUUUGUGCUGUGGUUUUCAGCUGAAAGUGCCAACUGUAAGUGGGGGGAGUUGGUAAAAGCCAGAGCCCCAGGUCUCCUUAGGAGAGAGGCUGAUAAGCUGGGUGAGCCUGCAGGUGAGGACACAGUGAGACCUGGUUGGCAGGGCAAGGUCGUCAUUUCUACCAGCUCCUUCUGGUGUCUCUCUGUCUGCACAACAGCCCACAAUGGUGAGGUCCCUGGCCUUCCAUCGGCUCCUCCUCCCUGUCUGCCUCACCUUGGUCCAGCUGCUCACGCCCUGCUCAGGUCCCUCUGAUGGAGCACCCCUUUCUGCUCACCAGCUCAGUUUGCUGUGGUUGGACCCCCUGAGCCCAUCCUGGCCAUGGUGGGUGAAGAUGCUGAGCUGCCCUGUCACCUGUCCCCGAAGAUGAGUGCUGAGUCCAUGGAGCUGAUGUGGCUGCGAUCCGGCCUCAGGCAGGUGGUGCGUGCAUAUGCACACGGCAAGGAAGAAACAGAGAUAGCAGAGUAUCGAGGGAGAACCUCCAUUUUAAGAAAGGACAUCACUGAGGGGAAGGCUGCUCUGCGGAUUCACAAGGUCAGAGUCUCUGACAGUGGAACCUACCAGUGUUAUUUCCAAGAUGCCAAUUUCAUUGCAAAAGCCCAGGUGGAGCUGAAGGUUGCAGCCCUGGGCUCUGAUCUUCACAUUGAAAUGAAGGGCUAUGAGGAUGGAGGGAUCCGUGUGGAGUGCACGUCUGCAGGCUGGUAUCCGCAGCCCCACGUAGAGUGGAGAGGUGAAGGCGGAGAAAGCUUGCCCACUGUGCCGGCACCUGGGGCUGCAGAUGCAGAGAGCCUGUUCGCAGCCAGGUCAUCUGUGAUCCUGAAAGACGGCUCUGGGAAGGGGGUCUCCUGUGUCGUCAGAAAUCCCCUGCUCAGCCCGGAGAAGACAGCCAGGGUCUCCAUUGCAGGCCCCUUCUUUUCCUGCGUGAAGCCCUGGCAGGUGGCCGUGGGGGUGACCGUGGGGGUGAUUAUUCUGGCUCUGAUUGUAAUCCUGGUCGGGGUGGUGUUCUUCAGGCGACAACACAAGAGAAUCAGGGACUUGAACAAGGAGAAGGAGAGGGAGCGAAGCGCCAAAGAGUGGACAAAGAAGCAGUACCUGGCACGUGACAGGUCUCGGGCCUAUGCUGAGUGGAAGAUGGCCCUUUACCAACCUGCGGAUGUGAUUCUGGAUCCUGACACUGCGCACCCCAAGCUCCUUAUUUCUGAGGACCAGAGGAGCCUGAACUAUACAGAUGUAAGGCAGAGCCUGCCAGACAACCCCUGGAGAUUUCAGGAUCGUUACUGUGUGCUUGGCCGUGAGAGCUUCACGUCAAGGAGACACUUCUGGGAGGUAGAGGUGGGGGACAGGAAACAGUGGCAAUUCGGGGUGUGUAGGGAGAAUGUGGAGAGAAAACUUUAUCUUAAAGUAACACCCCAGAAUGGAUUCUGGACAAUAGCACUGUCGGGUGGGCAUUUUUUCCAGGCUCGAACGGAUCCCUGGAGCAUACUCACAGUUGCCAACCCUCCUAAAAGAGUGGGGGUUUUCCUGGACUAUGAGAGCGGGGAGGUCUCGUUCUAUGAUGCCAUCGAUGGAUUUCACAUCUUCACCUUCCCACAGGCUUCCUUCUCUGGGCCGCUCUUGCCUUUUUUUAGGAUUUGGUCACAGGAGCCCACUGCCUUGACCAUUUGUCCAGCACCAAGAGGAGUGAGGAGUUCCCUUCUGCCUGACCCACUGCCUGACCCUUUCCUGGAGACCCCAGUGGAGUCUUGCUCAGCUGAUGGCAAUGAGGACCCUCAGGCAGAAGAGAGGUCUUUGCUUCCCCCUGCCCAGCCCUGAGCUGAGGGCCUGCUUAACAGCAAAAGCUCACAGCAGGAACCUAUUUACAUCAGAAACAUAUUUACAUCAGGAACAUACUUACUAAAAAUUCACUGAGAGAAGCACUUUCCUAGUUAUCUUUCAACUUUUCCACAUGACAGAUGAGGAGACCUGGGUGCAGGAAGUUAACCUUCCAAAGGUGACUCAGCUCCCUUCCUGCAACCAUAGCUCAAUUCACAGGUAUUUAGAAGGUGGUGGGUGCUGGGCUAAGUGCUUCAGGUGAAUCUCACUCCCCAGUCCUCACAACACCCCUGUGAGGUGGCCUCAUUGAAAGUGUGGAAAGGGAGGCAGGGCCCAGGGAAGUGACAUAUAAUUCAUGCAGAAACUAGUGCUGCUGGGAGGUGUUUGACCUCUGACCCUCCCUCUACCUCCAGUCUGUUCCUUUGCAGCCAGUUGUUCCUGUUGGGCAGGGUCCUGGGCAGCCUGAGGUUCCUUCCCAGGGCCCCAGGGUGAAGGUCACUGUAGGUGACUCUGAAGGCCACACCCCACCUGGUUCCUUCAAGGGGGACUGUCAGAGCCAUGGUCCACUGCUCCACUGGCUGGCUGUGCAUGAUGAUGUUGUCCACAGAAUGAAUUCACAGUGACCACAGCAUAGGGUCUGAGAAGGGACUAGAGGCCAAACUCCUAACCAGUUUGAGACCUGUGAUCAUGAAGCUGAACCAACCCUCCAGCUUCAUCCCUAAAGCUCAUGUGUGAGGCAUGAAUUUUGGGGAAGGGAGCCAGGUGAACUGCAGUGGAAUUUUCAUCACACUGUGGCCCAUCUCCAGGAAAGGGACACUCCACGCUGAGCAUGUGUUCAUGUUCCCGGAGGUUCCUGUAACUGCUGGGUCCUGGGGGAAAGCCACUCCAUCACCAUCACUGUGAUUGGUCACCACUGUGUCCCCUCCACCCGGCAGGUGGUGGUCAGGUUACAUUUGUUAAAUAAACUGGUUAAUGGUCUUCA